CCCCUCCCCUGCCACCCAGAGCCGCAAUGGCAGAGCUGCCGGCAUCAGAGAUGCCGGGGGACCCCGCGCUGUGCAGCGGGCGCUUCACCAUCAGCACGCUGCUGGGGGGCGAGGAGCCCCCACCGCCCACUGCCUAUGACAGCAGUCACCUGAGCCACGGCAGCACCUUCUACAUGCGCACCUUCGGCUACAACACUGUCGACGUCGUGCCGGCCUAUGAGCACUAUGCCAACAGCGCCCUGCCCGGGGAGCCCCGAAAGGUCCGGCCCACGCUGGCCGAUCUGCACUCCUUCCUCAAGCAGGAAGGCAGCCACCUGCAUGCCCUGGCCUUUGACAGCCGGCCCAGCCAUGAAAUGACCGACGGGCUGGUGGAAGACGAGCCAGGCACCAACAGUGAGAAGAACCCUGGGGAGCCUGUGCGCUUUGGCUGGGUCAAGGGGGUGAUGAUCCGUUGCAUGCUCAAUAUCUGGGGUGUGAUCCUCUACCUACGGCUCCCCUGGAUUACAGGCCAGGCAGGCAUUGUCCUGACCUGGAUCAUCAUCCUGCUCUCCGUCACUGUGACCUCCAUCACCGGCCUCUCCAUCUCGGCCAUCUCCACCAACGGCAAGGUCAAGUCAGGUGGCACCUACUUCCUCAUCUCCCGGAGUCUCGGCCCAGAGCUAGGGGGCUCCAUCGGCCUCAUUUUUGCUUUUGCCAACGCCGUGGGUGUGGCCAUGCAUACCGUGGGCUUCGCAGAGACCGUGCGGGACCUGAUCCAGGAGUAUGGCACACCUAUCGUGGACCCCAUCAAUGACAUCCGCAUCAUCGGCGUGGUCACCGUCACCGUGCUGCUGGCCAUCUCCCUGGCUGGCAUGGAGUGGGAGGCCAAGGCCCAGGUGCUCUUCUUCCUCGUCAUCAUGGUCUCCUUUGCCAACUACUUGGUGGGGACGCUGAUUCCCCCAUCUGAGGACAAGGCCUCCAAAGGCUUCUUCAGCUACCGGGCGGACAUUUUUGUCCAGAACUUGGUGCCCGACUGGCGGGGCGUCGAAGGCAGCUUCUUCGGAAUGUUCUCCAUCUUCUUCCCCUCGGCCACAGGCAUCCUGGCAGGGGCCAACAUCUCCGGGGACCUCAAGGACCCUGCUGUAGCCAUCCCCAAGGGAACGCUCAUGGCUAUUUUCUGGACCACUGUCUCCUACCUGGCCAUCUCAGCUACAAUUGGCUCCUGCGUGGUUCGGGAUGCCUCCGGGGCCCUGAAUGACACGGUGACCCCCGGCUCGGGCGCCUGCGAGGGGCUGGCCUGCGGCUACGGCUGGAACUUCACCGAGUGCGUCCGCCAGGGCAGCUGCCGCUAUGGCCUCAUCAACUACUACCAGACCAUGAGCAUGGUGUCCGGCUUUGCGCCCCUGAUCACGGCUGGCGUUUUUGGGGCCACCCUCUCCUCCGCCCUGGCCUGCCUCGUCUCUGCUGCCAAAGUCUUCCAGUGCCUGUGUGAGGACCAACUGUACCCGCUGAUCGGCUUCUUCGGGAAGGGCUACGGCAAGAACAAGGAGCCGGUCCGCGGCUACCUGCUGGCCUACGCCAUCGCCGUGGCCUUCAUCAUCAUCGCUGAGCUCAACACCAUUGCCCCCAUCAUCUCCAACUUCUUCCUGUGCUCCUAUGCCCUCAUCAACUUCAGCUGUUUCCACGCCUCCAUCACCAACUCGCCUGGGUGGAGACCCUCGUUCCAGUACUACAGCAAGUGGGCGGCGCUGUUUGGGGCGGUCAUCUCUGUCGUCAUCAUGUUCCUUCUCACCUGGUGGGCGGCCCUCAUUGCCAUCGGAGUCGUCCUCUUCCUCCUGCUCUAUGUGAUCUACAAAAAGCCAGAGGUGAACUGGGGAUCCUCGGUACAGGCCGGCUCCUACAACCUGGCCCUGAGCUACUCAGUGGGCCUCAACGAGGUAGAGGACCACAUCAAGAAUUACCGCCCCCAGUGCCUAGUGCUUACAGGGCCCCCCAACUUCCGCCCGGCUCUGGUUGACUUUGUGGGCACCUUCACCCGGAACCUCAGCCUGAUGGUCUGUGGCCACGUGCUCAUCGGACCUCGCAAACAGAGGAUGCCUGAGCUCCGGCUCAUCACCAAUGGGCACACCAAGUGGUUGAACAAGAGGAAGAUCAAGGCCUUCUACUCGGAUGUCAUUGCUGAGGACCUCCGCAGUGGUGUUCAGAUUCUCAUGCAGGCCACAGGUCUUGGGAGAAUGAAGCCCAACAUUCUGGUGGUUGGGUUCAAGAAGAACUGGCAGUCUGCUCACCCAGCCACAGUGGAAGGCUACGUUGGCAUCCUGCAUGAUGCUUUUGACUUCAACUAUGGUGUGUGUGUCAUGAGGAUGCGAGAGGGGCUCAACGUCUCAGAGGUGAUGCAGGCACACAUUAACCCGGUGUUUGACCCAGCGGAGGACGGCAAAGACACCAGCACCAGCGGGGCCAGGCCGUCUGUCUCAGGCACACUGGACCCUGAGGCCCUGGUGCGGGAGGAGCAGGCCAGCACCAUCUUCCAGUCUGAGCAGGGCAAGAAGAGCAUCGACAUCUACUGGCUCUUUGAUGACGGAGGCCUCACCCUCCUCAUCCCCUAUCUUCUCGGCCGCAAGAAGAGAUGGAGCAAAUGCAGGAUCCGCGUGUUCGUGGGGGGCCAGAUCAACAGGAUGGACCAGGAGAGAAAGGCGAUCAUUUCCCUGUUGAGCAAGUUCCGACUGGGAUUCCACGAAGUUCAUGUCCUUCCUGACAUCAACCAGAAGCCGCGGGCUGAGCACACCAAGCGGUUUGAGGACAUGAUUGCGCCCUUCCGCCUGAAUGACGGCUUCAAAGACGAGGCCACUGUCACAGAGAUGAGGCGGGACUGCCCCUGGAAGAUCUCAGAUGAGGAGAUUAACAAGAACAGAGUCAAGUCCCUCCGGCAGGUGAGGCUGAAUGAGAUUCUGCAGGAUUCCUCCCGGGACGCCGCCCUGGUGGUCAUUACCUUGCCUAUAGGGAGAAAGGGGAAGUGUCCGAGCUCGCUGUACAUGGCCUGGUUGGAGACGCUGUCCCAGGACCUCCGACCUCCGGUCAUCCUGAUCCGAGGGAACCAGGAGAACGUGCUCACCUUUUACUGCCAGUAACUCCAGGCUGGGCCAUGCCUGCCCACAGCUGAGGGCGCCCGGGACAUCCGCCUGUCCGUGGGACAGACUCUCAUGUCCUGUUGUACUUUAAGCAUCUGAUGAUCCGACUGAAGAAGCUGGUAGAUUUCCAAACUUUGGCUGGUCCCCACUCCCCUGGGACAGUCCUCUGGGCUUUGCUUUUAUGGGCCAGAGAAGUAGCAGAUGAAGUUGUGUGGAAACUUCUCUGGUGAAUCCAUUUUCCUUUUAAGUUUUCUUUUGAUCUCGAUUACAAUGAAUUAAG